AUGUCGACCGAACAAAUCCAUGAUGAUGUUCUUAAGGCCCCGAACUUGGUCUUCACGUCCGGCGCCUCCGCCAACUACACCGGCGAUCUCUCCAAUCUCAACGGCCUUCCAGCAAUCCAGAUCGCGCUCGCAGCAUCGGUUGCCAACGUCUACUCCCAACACCUCCUCGGCACCACCGUCAUCGACAUCCACAGCAAUGAAAUCAACGCAAAUUCUACCACCUACUUCCAAGCUAGCCUUUUCGGCAAACCUUACUCUAUCGGCUCAGUGGUGUCUCUUUAUGGAUACUAUGCGGACACCAUUGAGAGAGCGACUGAGGGAUGGCGAAUCUCGAAGAGGCUGCUUGUGUUCCAGGGGCCGGGCUUCGUGGGCAAUCUUAGUCUCGUGGGCAUGUGA